GGUGGGCUGGGCCCUCCCGCCCCGACCCGUUCCACACCCCGCACCAAACACAGGCUGUCAGCCGAAAUCACUCCCCUUUCUGGAGGAGGGAGGGGAAAUCAAGGUAACUAGCCCCUCUCUGCUUGAAAAAGCGAAGGGAGCUCUGGGCAGCUUUGCCGCCGCUCCGCCCCACUCCUGGACCAUGCACCGCGGCGUCUCCCUGCUCGGCCACAGGAGAGGACUCAGUUUCUUAAGUUGAGAGCUAACAUUUGGUGACUUUUCUUCUCCCCAACAACUGAAUCAUGCCAUGUGCCCAGGGGAGGUGGCUCGCAAACCUCUCGGUGGUCGCUCGGCUCCUGACCCUCGGGGGCCUGUGCUAUGGCAGACACCCGCAGCCCGGCCAGGUGCGCUUCCCGGACAGGAGGCAAGAGCAUUUCAUCAAGGCCCUGCCAGAGUACCACGUGGUGGCGCCCGUCCGCGUAGACGCGAGUGGGCAUUUUCUGUCCUACGGCCUGCGCCACCCCUACCCCAGCAGCAGGCGGAAGAGGGCCUCGGACGGCCCGGAGGACCGGGUGUACUACAGAAUUUCGCAUGAGGAGAAGGACCUGUUUUUCAACUUGACGGUCAAUCAGGGAUUUCUUUCCAAGAGCUACAUCGUGGAGAGAAGGCACGGCAACCUCUCCCAUGUCAAGAUGGUGGCUUCCCGCGGGCCCCCCUGCCACCUCAGGGGCACGGUUCUGCAGCAAGGCACCAGAGUGGGGACUGCAGCCCUCAGUUCCUGCCAUGGACUGACUGGACUUUUUCAUCUGCCACACGGAGACUUCUUUAUCGAGCCUGUCAAAGAGCACCCCCGGGCCGAGGGAGAGCACCACCCACACGUCAUUUACAAGAGGCGGAGGGAGGAGCCGGCCUGCGGACUGAAGGACAGCCUCGGCAGCGCCCGGAAGCUGGCUCUGCGGCGGGAGAGGAGCACGGUGCCUGGCCGCAGCCUCUCCCGGCGCUCCAUCAGCAGGGAGAGGUGGGUGGAGACGCUGGUGGUGGCAGACACGAAGAUGGUUGAGUACCACGGCAGUGAGAACGUGGAGUCCUACAUCCUCACCAUCAUGAACAUGGUCACUGGGUUGUUCCAUAACCCAAGCAUUGGCAAUGCAAUUCACAUUGUUGUGGUUCGGCUCAUUCUACUUGAAGAAGAAGAGCAAGGACUGAAAAUAGUUCACCAUGCGGAGAAGACACUGUCCAGCUUCUGUAAGUGGCAGAAGAGCAUCAAUCCCAAGAGUGACCUGAACCCCGCCCACCACGAUGUGGCCGUCCUUCUCACCAGAAAAGACAUCUGUGCGGGAGUCAACCGCCCCUGUGAGACCCUGGGUCUGUCUCACUUGUCGGGAAUGUGCCAGCCUCACCGGAGCUGUAACAUCAAUGAAGACUCGGGCCUCCCUCUGGCUUUCACCAUCGCCCAUGAGCUUGGACACAGCUUCGGCAUCCAGCACGACGGGAAGGAAAACGACUGCGAGCCCGUGGGCAGGCACCCGUUCAUCAUGUCCCGCCAGCUCCAGUACAACCCCAGCCCGCUGACGUGGUCGCAGUGCAGCAAGGAGUACAUCACCCGCUUCCUGGACCGAGGCUGGGGGUUCUGUCUCGACGACAUGCCCCAGAAGAAAGGCUUGAAGUCCAAGGUCAUAGCUCCCGGAGUGAUCUAUGAUGUUCACCACCAAUGCCAGCUGCAGUAUGGCCCCAACGCUACCUUCUGCCAGGAAGUAGAAAAUGUUUGCCAAACACUGUGGUGCUUGGUGAGAGGCUUUUGCCGCUCCAAGCUGGACGCCGCGGCGGAUGGGACGCGCUGUGGCGAGAAGAAGUGGUGCAUGGCCGGCAAGUGUAUCACGGUGGGGAAGAAACCAGAGAGCAUCCCCGGAGGCUGGGGCCGCUGGUCCGCCUGGUCCCACUGCUCCAGGACGUGUGGGGCCGGAGCGCAGAGUGCGGAGAGGCUGUGCAACAACCCCGAGCCCAAGUUUGGCGGCAAGUACUGCACCGGGGAAAGGAAACGCUACCGCUUGUGCAACGUGCACCCCUGCCGCCCGGGGGCACCGACGUUUCGGCAGAUGCAGUGCAGCGAGUUCGACACCGUCCCCUACAAGAACGAAUUCUAUAGCUGGUUUCCGGUGUUUAGUGCAGCACAUCCUUGUGAGCUCUACUGCCGACCCAUAGACGGCCAGUUUUCCGAGAAAAUGCUGGAUGCUGUUAUUGAUGGUACCCCUUGCUUUGAAGGCGGCAACAGCAGGAAUGUCUGUAUUAAUGGCAUAUGUAAGAGGGUGGGCUGUGACUACGAGAUCGACUCCAACGCCACGGAGGACCGCUGUGGCGUGUGCCUCGGGGACGGCUCUGCCUGCCACACCGUGAGGAAGAUGUUUAAGCAGAAAGAAGGAUCCGGUUAUGUUGACAUCGGACUGAUUCCAAAAGGAGCACGGGACAUACGGGUGAUGGAGGUGAAGGGAGCUGGAAACUUCCUGGCCAUCAGGAGUGAGGACCCUGAGAAAUAUUACCUCAACGGAGGCUUCAUUAUCCAGUGGAAUGGGAAUUACAAGCUGGCGGGGACCGUCUUCCAGUAUGACCGGAAGGGGGACCUGGAGAAGCUGAUGGCCACAGGUCCCACCAACGAGUCUGUGUGGAUCCAGCUUCUAUUCCAGGUGACUAACCCCGGCAUCAAGUACGAGUACACAAUCCGGAAAGACGGAGUGGACAACGACGUGGAGAAGCUGAUGUACUUCUGGCAGUAUGGCCCCUGGACGGAGUGCAGUGUUACCUGUGGGACAGGUGUCCGCCGCCAGACUGCCCAUUGCGUGAGGAAGGGCCACGGCAUGGUGAAAGCUACGUUCUGUGACCCGGAAACACAGCCCAAUGGGAGGCAGAAGAAGUGCCAUGAAAAGGACUGUCCCCCCAGGUGGUGGGCCGGGGAGUGGGAAGCGUGUUCGGCGACGUGCGGGCCCCACGGGGAGAAGAGGCGCACGGUGCUGUGCAUCCAGACCAUGGGCUCCGACGAGCAGGCGCUGCCGGCCAAGGACUGCCAGCAUCUGCUGAAGCCCAAGCCCCUCGUCUCCUGCAACAGAGACAUCUUGUGUCCGUCGGACUGGACAGUAGGCAACUGGAGUGAGUGCUCCGUGUCCUGUGGCGGCGGAGUGCGGAUUCGCAGUGUCACGUGCGCCAAGAACCACGACGAGCCCUGUGACGCGGCGAGAAAGCCCAACAGCCGAGCUCUGUGUGGCCUUCAGCAAUGCCCGUCCAGCCGGAGAAUGAUGAACCCCGGCAAAGGCACAGUGUUCACUGGGAAAAGGCCACCGACGUCUGAGCGUGACCCCGUCAAGCCCAUCCCACCAACGACACCCGGGCCCGGGAUGCUGGCCACGCCCACAGCAGCGCCUGAGCCUGUGACCACAGGUGCUCCGGCAGUCGGCAGCCCCAGUCCUGCCCCAGCCUCCGAAGGAGCCCCGGAUGGGAAUCGGUGGCAGAAUAGCUCCACCCACACGGCGCUGGACACCCAUCACGUCAUCUCCACUGGAACUACUUCCCAGCCCACCCUCACCACCUGGUCUCCGAGUAUCCAGCCAGAGGAAGAGCGUGUUUCCAAUGCAGACCCUGGUCCUACCUCAGAAGGAGACCUUUUCGCUACAACUGUGAUCGGUUCGGAGUUGUCAUCGUCCAGCAACCCCGUGACGUGGCAGGUGACUCCGUUUUACGAUACCUGGAGCAAAGGGCCAGACACAGAGGCUCCUAGUGGCUCAGGGGAAGACAGGGAACAACCCCAGAACACAGAUGAAAACAACUCUGUAAUAUGGACCAAGACCGUAGCACCAGGAAAGGAUGCUUUGGGGGGAAGAAGUACAGGAAUGCCAUUUGGACCUCCGCCAACACCUUAUCUUUGGGGGGCAUCCUUGUGGCCACCUGUCAGCACAGUGACAGAAGGACUGCUCCCCAGCCAAGGGCCCACUGCUCUCAAAAAUGGCACACCCAAAGCCGAGGGGACAGUCACUGGAAAACCUGAGGAUGCUCCUCUCCCCCUGGGGGGAGACCACCAGCCAGCACCCUCGGAAAAGCCAGUAAACCACGAUGCCCCAGCACUUCCGAGCAACACGGAGCUGACACGGAGUUCUGAACCAGCGCUGACUGAGGAGGAUGCCACCAGCCUGAUCGCCGAGGGGUUCCUGCUGAAUGUCUCCAAUUACACGCAGCUCUCGCACGGCCACAGCUCUGCGCACUGGGUCGUUGGAAACUGGACGGAGUGUUCCACCACCUGUGGGCUGGGGGCCUCCUGGCGCCACGUGGAGUGCAGCACCCAGGUGGACGCCGACUGUGCGGCCAUUCAGAAGCCUGACCCCGCCAAGAGAUGCCACCUCCGUCCGUGUGCCAGCUGGAGAGUGGGCAGCUGGAGCAAGUGCUCCAGGAACUGCAGCGGCGGCUUCCAGGUCCGGGAGGUGCAGUGCGAGGACAGCCGGGACCACCGGAGCCUGAGGCCCUUCCAUUGCCAGUCCCUGGCUGGCCCUCCUCCGCUGCUGAGCAGGAGCUGUAAUCCCAAGCCCUGCAAGGACUGGCGGGCAGAGCCCUGGAGCCAGUGCUCCAGGUCCUGCGGAGGCGGAGUGCGGGAGAGGGCAGUGGCCUGUCCGAGGGGCCCCUGUGAUCCAGCGAAGAGGCCCGUGUCCACCGCAGCCUGCAACGGGCACCCCUGCUGCCGCUGGGCCACUGGGACCUGGGACCGGUGCUCCGCGUCCUGCGGAGGGGGCUUGCAGAAGAGGACGGUCCGCUGUGUUUCCUUGGAGGACGACAAAACCGCCGAUCAGGACCAAUGCCUGUGCGAUCACGAACCCAGGCCUCCCGAAUCCCAGAAAUGCAACCGGCAGCCCUGCAGGAAGAGGGCUGAUGUGCUUUGCACCAAAGACAACUUAUCAGCCGGUUUCUGCCAGACCCUGAAAACCAUGCAGAAAUGUUCCGUGCCCACCGUGCGGGCUCAGUGCUGCCUGUCAUGCUCCCAGGCACACGCCGUCCACACCCAAAGGCCGAGGAAGCCACAGCCGCUCAAAGACCCCAACGCGUCCUAAGUCCAGGAGGAAGCCGCCGCCACCACAGACUGCCGCAGCCUGCUGACCGUGACCUCUUCCAACCCCAGGGGCCACCUCCUGGAGGUUUCGCUCUGUGCAUUUCAGGUCCAUCGUGGGGUCAUAACAAAACAAAGUCCACUGUGUUCCGUUAGCCACACCAUGUCCCUUGCGUUAGGGUGGGUCCGUCGCACCUGCCGCUCCCUGACAGCCAGGACAAUGAGGCAUCUCCUGGGGCUCAGCCCCCAGGACAGGUGCCAAAUGAGGCAAGCCUGUGAAAUGAUGUCUUUUUUCCACCCUUCAAAGAGAAAAAGGAAGAAACCAGAUUUUUCCCCAGACUACCUCAAAAGUAUCAGGAAACAGAGCCGCACUUAUCCAAGGAACAAAGUAUCUCGUUAGUUGACCUCGGUGGAACCAUCCUCCCCACCCACCUCUGCUGGGGAUGGCUGCUGUUUAAAAUACCGUGGGAGAGCACUGAGGAAUGUUCCUGAAUUCAUCCAGGGGGAGGGCCCUUCUCUUCACCCAGUAUUCAGCUAGUGGGGGACGAGAAAGUGCCAGCUGCACCCCUCUGUCUGUCCCUGAUCCCUGCAAACCCGUCUCUGGGCGGAGGAAGCAGGCAGAAAUGACAGGAUUUAGCAGAGCUAAGGGAUUUAGGUUACACAGAGGACAUUUCUGAGCUGAGGAUAAUUUCUGUGGAAAUUCUUAAAAAGCCAAUGAAAAGAACAGGUGACCCUUGAACAACACGGGUUCAAGCUGCAUGGGUGCACUCAUACACGGAUUUUUUUUUCAACUAAUGUACUGUUUUCCAUCCGCAGUUGGGGGUUUGUGGAUGCGGGGGGUAGAUUAUGAACCAGUCUUUGCCGCUUUAUCUAGGGCACCUGAGCAUCCACGAAUUUUAGCAUCUGUGUGGUGGGGGGAGGGGUGGUCCUGGAGCCAAUAGCCCACAGCUACCAAGGGAAACUUACAUUGGGGGAGGGGUCAAAAAUUAAAUAUGUGGAUUUUUGACUGCGUGGAGUUUGGCACCCCUAACCCCUACCUUGUUCAAGGGUCAACUAGACUCAUAUAAGAUAGGGAACGUGGGCCUUGACUCUUCCCACUUCCCCAGGACAACAGUUCCUUUCCUCCCCAGCCUGCUCCUUGCCCCCCUGUCCUCAGCUCAGGGUGAACUGUCCUCCACAGCUAGGGGUUUACACACAGCAGCUACAAAAGCCUGGUGCCCGGCUGCACCGCCCACCCCAGCUGGGAGAAGGUUGCUCCGGAUUAAAAUAUUUCAGAGAACCAGGUGAGCUGUGUCAAACACGAGAACCUAGUACAAAUUUGUAGUCUGGAGAAAAACUGCUCAGAAGUGAGGUAAAGAGGAUCUACCCCUCUGUGCACCCAGCAGUUACUUCUGAGGGUCUUUUUGUUUGGGAGAAACAGGUAAGGGGGGGGGGCCCACAGAACUGUGGUGAGAGUGAGAAGGCUUCUCCUGGGUGUUCCCACCACUCAACAGGAGCCAGAGUAGGCUCGGGUCUCAAAUUCAAGGCGAAUGUCCUGGUUUUGGGGAGGAGCGGCAUUACCUGAACUGAAGCCAGAGGGAGAGGGUGGGCGGGUGACGAAGCCCUCAGAACCAGCUCUGGACCGCAGGGAAGGCAGGGACGGGGCCUUGGUGUGGCGGGCGGCACAUUUGCAGGCUCAUGCACAGGCACAGCUGACAUUCCCCACGGGCGCCAUGCCCCGUAUCUAGAGUGACCCCUCCGUUCAGCAGAGUGGUGCUAUAGAAACACGGUGCUAAUGACCAGAUGGUGGCAGCACUGAAGUGAACAUCGGUGUAGAUGCAGACGUGGGGAGUCCACGGGCAUCUUCGGCCACACGCAUGGUGAACGGUGUUGCCGGCCAAUGCCAGUUCCAGUGCUUGGAUACCGGAAGCUUAAAAGGGUUAUAUUAUGUGCUUUUUAAUUUUUUUUUUCAAGUCAUUAACGUAUAUUAUUGUGAUAAAUUUCUACGGAACAUAGAACACUGGGGCUGGGAUGCAAUUCAGGAUAGACCAGGCAUAGGAGGAGAGUGGAACUAUUUACCUAAAGCCCGGAAAUGGAUUUCUAGAUAAUAAUUACCUUCUUGUAUUCUGUGUCUUCCGAUGUAAAUGUUGCUGGCAAUGACAAUCUCUUAUGAAAUAAUAGUUUUAGAGAAGACGCUUAAGUUGCUAGCAAUGUCGGGGUGGGGGGACCUGAUUUAUUUCUAAUGGGGCAGUUCGCAGAGACUGUCCCUGAAGUGCAGUGCAGGCUCGCGGGCAGCGGGGAGUUCAUUUAGUAAACCGGCAGGUUGAUCUCCCCUGGUACUGUAGUAGCAGAAGGUCAUGCAUGUCAUCAGAGACCGGGUAUGACCAGUCUUACAAAACUCAGGAACAAACUGGGCUUCCUACUGACCUCGACACACUUAACUAGGCUCGAUUUCCCAAUACACAAAACAUUGUUUAUGUCCCAUGUGAUGAAGAUGGUAGAAAAGUAGGGAGAGCCUGGCCAGGUGCUUUGUUUUAGGCCUUUCUCCCGUUUCUCAAAGGCAGAGUCGUGGCCCCUGGUCAUAGACAUUCACUUCCCGUCGUAUCUAGGCUGUGUUGUGACAGUCCUGUGGCAUCUGUCGAUCUCCACCCCAGGAUAAAGACAGCACUUGCUGUCGGAGCCGGCUGAUGUGGUUGUUGCCUUGACAACCACUCAGCGAUGGGUCAUCUGGGUUCUGACAGGUCCCUGUGCUUGUAACAAGAGAGGGGCCUUGGAUUAUCAGGGACACCGAAAGGCAACAACAUAAAUGGUGUCCUCACCAUUUCUUCGAUGCUCAUGGGGCCCAACGUGAAGCCACGUUGUUGACUUAUUUCAUCCACGUCCUUCCUUCCUUCCCAGCUUGGACAGUAGCUGAGAAGUGUAGAAAGAGACACUGAGACCCACUGUGUGGACAUGAACCACACAGGGCUGCCCCAGGGCCUGGUGCUCAAACACCUGACAGUCCUCAAACCCAGUUUGGUUGGCCUUGCCGUCCACAGUGGUAGAGUUGAAAGGUGUUGGGUCAGUUUAAUUCUUGAACACAAAACCUACUUCAACGCCCUGAGAAAACAUGUAUUUCAAGAGACUCAACAGUGAAACGAGAAAUCAUUUGGUGCUGCAGACAAUGGCCUCUUUGUUAGAAAUGACUUGUUCUGUGAUGGGUUUUCUGAAACAACAGUGAACCUCCAUCUUACCUCCUGACACCCAGUUGGCAGAGUCAUCCCGAAGUGAUGCUUCCAGACACUCAGUGAAGGUUUUAGUGAGCUUCACCAAGUUUCUGAAACGCAACCCGAGGGGCUCCUCUUCUUUCAGAUCAUGAUUUCCCAGUCAAUUGGCCAAAGUCCUCUAAGCUGUGACAGCUGCACACUGCUGCCCCAGAGGCCACGGGUCUCAGCCCCUCUCCCUGCUGACUUUAAGGCGAAGUCCUGGGACAGCGUGUCCGGUGCCCACCAUGACUCUCUUUCUAGAGAGAGAAUGCGUGACGUGAACUGCCUGGUGCUACAACUCGGCCAACACGUUUGAUGCUACUCCUGGUCUUUGUAUUGCCAAUUCAAGCAUUAUUGAUGUUACUAGCAUUCUUAUUAUUUUAAGUUAUAUCAUUUUUUAAAAAACAUGGUUGGGAAGCACAAGUCUACCUAUCGUUGUCCUCCAGAGUGGUUGUGUGAUGGAGUGGCCCGACCCACUGCCUCCCUGCGUCUCUGUGCUGCUUUGCCAGCCCCAGCCUCAAGGGGCGCCCUGCUGGGCACCUUGGUAUUUAAAACCGGACUGUAAUCAUAGCCUGCCAUUGAGUGGCAUCAAUAAAUGGCCAAACUCAG